AAUCCGUCUCUCUCAUCAGUCUCUGGCUCUCUGUCUUCUCACUGCAAACCCAUUGUGAUUUGUGUAGGAGAGAUUUCAGCGACCGAUAAUGGCGUACUCGACCUUGGUGACUUUCAUGCUCUUCGCUCUCGUGGCUGGCUCCACCUUUGCUCAGGCUCCCGGAGCCUCCCCGACCCCUGCGCCGAAGAGUUCGCCUCCAGCGGCUACUCCUGCGCCUGUUUCCAAGCCUCCUGCAACGCCUCCAACCCCGACUCUAGCUCCAACUCCUUCUACGGCGACUCCUUCUUCUAGUCCUGCCCCAUCCACUGCGACUCCUCCUUCGGAAGCUCCGACGGCUUCACCACCGCCUCCUCCCGCGGCCCCUGGCUCUGCUCCUUCCACUUCUCCCGCGGCCCCUGGCUCUGCUCCUUCCACUUCUCCCACGGCCCCUGGCUCUGCUCCUGGAAACGGUGGUAGCUUGAAUAGAGUCGCAAUCGCUGGAUCUGUUGCUGGAAUCGCUUUCGUAGCGGCUUUAUUGAUGUAGAUCUAUUUUAUUUUUAGUAGGAAUUUUUAUUUUAUUUUUGUUUCUGUUGGUUUCUAUUUUCAGAGACGGUGAUGGACGGUUGAGAUUGGAUUGCCUAGUCUAAUUUAUUGUUAAUUAUUGUUUACUGCUGAUUAUGGAUUCUUUUAUGGCAUGAUUUCUUCUUCUGUGUAUCUGUUUAAUUUAAUUAUGCUAUUCCCAUUA